ACUAUUCUCAUAAGCUCGUCGCGUACAGGCAAUUAUUUCUACAUUCUUUUAAUUCAAUCGUUUUUAGCUUUUUACUUUUUGGUAAAAAAAUAAAACUGUUUUCACAGACCAAAAAAAUUUGUAAAAAAAACAACAAAAUAUUGCAUAAAUAUUGAAAAUAAGAAAAAAAUGGGCUUCGAUAAUUACAAGGGCACCGAGGUAGCCGAAUCCGGCCAGGAGACUUAUACGGUUGACAAGCAAUUCUCCGCCAUCGACGAGGAACUGCAACCAUCGCUGAAUAGUGUUUUGAGCUCCAUUGACUAUGAGCUGUGCGAGAAGCAUCCGCUGGAGCACACUUGGACACUGUGGCAUUGGCAGAGCGAUCGCAAAAAGUGCUGGGAGGAAAUGCUCAGCAAUGUGACCAGUUUCAAUACCGUCGAGGAUUUCUUUAGUGUUCACUAUUUUAUUAAGCCACCAUCGGAUCUAAAGGCUUUCAAUGACUAUAUGGUCUUCAAACAUGACAUACGACCCAUGUGGGAGGAUGUCAAGAAUAGAAAAGGCGGCCGUUGGAUUUUUUUCUUGAACAGAGAGUCCAAAGAGCUGGUGGACAAUAUGUGGCAUGAUUUGCUGUUGUGCACACUUGGCGAGAGCUUUGAGUACCCCUUUCAAAUCUGUGGCGUUGUCGUCAAUGUGCGCAACAAGGCCGCCAAAAUAUCACUGUGGACCAAGGACUCGCUCAAUCAGCACGCCAUUCUGGCAAUUGGACGCAAAAUCAAGGAGGUGCUGCAGCUGUGCGAGGGACAAUUGCAAUAUCAGGUGCACUCGGAUGCAAUGAUCCACACUGGACCCAAUUGCAAUGCCUUGUACAAAUUGUAAACACAAAAUCAUAACUAAACUUAAGCACUCGAGAACCUCUGACUGAGUGGGGUGUAGAGAUGAGCACAUGGGGACCUGGACAGACACAGACUUCCUCUAUAAAAUGUAUAACAUGUAACUGUAACUGUAACUGUAACUGUAACACAAAUAAAGCAUUGCAUAAAAGCA